CGCCGGGGCGCACUCGCCAGCCGUGCGCUCCCCGCUCUCCGGUCCUCGGCUCCCGGUCCUCGGCUCCCGCGGCUCCCGCGUCCGCGCCGCUCGCUCCUUGCGCGGAUAACUAGCUGUUCCCGACCGCACCAUGACUCUGGAGGAAAUCCGAGGCCAGGACACGGUCCCCGAGAGCACCGCCAGGAUGCAGGGCGCCGGGAAAGCACUCCACGAGCUGCUGCUGUCCGCGCAGCGCCAGGGCUGCCUCACCGCCGGCGUCUACGAGUCCGCCAAAGUCCUGAAUGUGGACCCCGACAACGUGACCUUCUGCGUGCUGGCCGCCGACGCGGAGGACGAGGGCGACAUCGCGCUUCAGAUCCACUUCACGCUGAUCCAGGCGUUCUGCUGCGAGAACGACAUCGACAUCGUGCGCGUGGGCGACGUGCAGAGGCUGGCGGCGAUCGUGGGCGCGGGCGACGAGGCGGCCGCCCCGGGGGACCUGCACUGCAUCCUCAUCUCGGUGAGUGUGGCCUCGCCCAGCGUCGCCCCGCCGCGCCCUCGGCCAGCGGCCAGCGGCCAGCGGCCGGCCAGGCUGACCUCUGCGCCCUCCCCGCAGAACCCCAAUGAGGACGCGUGGAAGGACCCCGCCUUGGAGAAGCUCAGCGUGUUCUGCGAGGAGAGCCGCAGCGUCAACGACUGGGUGCCCAGUAUCACCCUCCCCGAGUGACCGCGCGGAGGGGGCCUUGGUCUGAUCGACGACGUGGUGACACCGGGGCGCCUAGCGCGCGGCUGGCUCUGUGGAUGCGCCCUCGGAGCGCGCGGGCCCGGAGUGCUGCGCGGAGAGCGGCGAGGAGGGCGGCCCUGCAGGAGGGGCCCGGCGGCGGGGGCGCGGGGGCGGGCUGGCCCCCCGCCCGGGACUCCGCGAGUGUGGACUCCGCGAGUGUGGGCGGCGGCGGCCUGCCCGGGAAGGCCGGAGGCGGGCCGUGGGCCCCGGGCCGGGAAGGCCGGGAAGGCCGGACCGGCCGGGCCGGCGUGACUCAGCAGCCUGCGCUCUGCGCAGGAAGGAGGGGAGAGGCCAGGCAGGCGAGGCCUGGACUCCGGACUCUGGACUCGGACACUUACAGGAGCUCUGACCCACUGAGCGGCCUGCACCGCUGUUGCCAAGCGGACGGGGCGAUGCUCCGGUUUCUAAAGGAUUCUGCUGCUGCAGCUUUGGAGUUUUGUUUCUUAAACAAUAAACUAACUGAAACAGA